ACAUGCUCAACCUUAGUUAGCUAUAUAUGUUCCUCUACUAACCACCAACGGGGUACGCACAUAGACGCCCAGCGACCGUCGUGCAUCUGUUAACUACAGGGGCUCUCUAUGACUGAAAACACUGCUCACUGACAGUCACUGACAUUAAGUCACGCUGACUCCUACAGAGCUACAUGCUGAACUGUUUGCGUGUAGACACAUAUUUAGUUUUAGAGAGACUGUUUCUAUUUCCGAGUGAUUUCUUUUUUCUAGUUUGACUGUAGAAUUGGUUUCCUCCCACCGUUGGCUCAAUAACAGACAUUAUUGAUCGGGUGAGCAGAUAGCUGAAUCUAAAGGAGGAUAUCCAUCUCCUUUUAAUUGAUCAGUUCUUUUGUAGUUUUAGUUUCGGUCCAAGUUUUUUUUGUGCUGCAUUUUCAUCCCUCCAUCUCUUUGGGGUAUCAUCUUGACUGCCACUAUGUGGGAGUUUCGGUCCAUGUCGUUCUGGCGGGCGGUGUUCGCAGAAUUCUACGGAACCAUGUUCUUUGUGUUCUUUGGCCUGGGUGCGGCCCUGCGUUGGACCACCGGGCCCCUUAACGUUCUCCACGUGGCCUUCUGCUUUGGGCUGGCGGCCGCCACCCUCAUCCAGUCCAUUGGCCACAUCAGUGGUGGACACAUCAACCCGGCGGUGACCUUUGCCUACCUGAUUGGCUCCCAGAUGUCCCUGUUCCGCGCUUUCUUUUACAUUGUGGCCCAGUGUCUGGGGGCGUUGGCUGGGGCUGCUGUACUCUACGGGGUCACCCCCAAUAACAUGAGGGGCAACCUGGCACUCAAUACGCUGCAGCCUGGCAUCAGCGUGGGCAUGGCCACCACCAUGGAGGUGUUCCUCACGCUGCAGCUCGUCGUCUGCAUCUUUGCUGUGACUGACGAGAGGCGUAACGGCCGCCUGGGCUCGGCCGCCCUCGCCAUCGGCUUCUCCGUACUCAUGGGGCAACUGCUGGGGAUUUACUACACUGGAGCUGGGAUGAACCCUGCCAGGUCCUUCGCCCCUGCUGUGCUUGUCAGAAACUUUGUCAACCACUGGGUGUACUGGGUUGGUCCUAUGAUUGGCGGCGCCUUGGGCGCUCUGCUGUAUGAUUUCAUGCUGUUCCCCCGCGUGCGUGGCCUCUCCGAGAGGCUGGCCACACUGAAAGGCAACAGGCCCCCAGAGGCUGAGAGCCAGCAGGACACCCGAGGGGAGCCCAUCGAGCUCAAGACUCAGGCCCUAUAAGCUUGGGGAAGAAGAACAGGACAUGCUGAAUCCUAAAUGGGCAGUCAAAGGCCAAUCCAUCUUCAACCCCCCGACUUUUCCCAACCAACCUUCUCCCCCUGCCCCCCCCCCCAGCCCACCUUCCCCCCUUGGACUGCAGGACACAAACAGAGAGCUAGAAGAGGACUUGCCACCGAAGACAAAGCACCGUGUGCCCUGUGAUGUAGGGAGUGGGUUACUCCUGGCUGACCAGGUGGCUAUGAAUGCUCAUGACAGGGGCAUCUCUCUCUUUAUCUCUAUCUAUCUCUCUAUCUAUUUUGUAGUCUGCUAGGAGUGAAGCUACAGUAGAGCAGUGGACUUCUGCAUGCUUUUUUCCAUUUUCAUCCAGUGUGACAUCUCCCUUUUGUUUUUGUUUUGUUUUACAAACUUCGGGUACCUGACAUGUCUGUAAUAUACCUUUAGAAUUUUCGAGAUUUAUUCAAACUUCAAUUCCUUUUUUCAGUCACUCGUGUGUUGUGUGUGCGUGUGUGCCUGUUUUUACUGACCAAUUUUCUUUUGGGCUUUUUCAUCGCCACCAUCCUGUGUUUGUAUCAUGCUUUGUUAUUUUUAUUUACAAUGCAACCAAUCAAAGUAUUUUAAGAGGAACAAAAACAUGUCCUCUUCCCUCAGUGGUUUUGCUACGGUUGAGGUUUUGUUUCACAAGACUUUGGAGUGCUCCCCUUUCCCAUCAGCCCCUAGAGUUUUGCCUUGAAGAUUAAGUCUUUUUACAACUUGUUAUGUUUUUAUUUCCGAGUCUGUGUCUCUUUUAGGGGAGCACGCACACAGUUACAUUUAUACAGUAUGAAAAUAAACACACAACACACAAAA